AUGUCAGACACAGAAGACUACGAUGCCGUCAAGGCAGCAGAGCUCAAGAAGGCACGUUCCUUCCGCCGUUUCCAGUACCGCGGCAUCGAACUCGAGGCACUCCUCGACAUGUCCUCUGAGCAACUCAUGGACCUCGUCCAUGCCCGUGCACGCAGAAAGUUCCAGCGUGGUCUCAAGAGGAAGCCCAUGGGCUUGAUCAAGAAGCUCCGUAAGGCAAAGAAGGAGGCACCUGCAAACGAGAAGCCUGCCGCAGUCAAGACGCACCUGCGUGACAUGAUCAUUGUCCCAGAGAUGAUUGGCAGCAUCAUUGGCAUCUACAACGGAAAGGUCUUCAACCAAGUCGAGAUCCGCCCCGAGAUGGUCGGCCACUACCUUGCCGAGUUCUCCAUUUCCUACAAGCCCGUUCGUCACGGUCGUCCUGGUAUUGGAGCUACCCACUCUUCGCGAUUCAUCCCUCUCAAGUAG